UUUUCGUGAAACGUUUUUUUUAAUUAGCUCUACGUGAAAUAGUUAUUCUUCUUUCUUUGGCCUUGUACACGGGAUAUUCGAACACCACACGAACUCCAGAGCGUUGACUUCAGCGAUCUGAAAAAUGGAAAAUGCAACUUGGGAAGAGUUAUCAAAUAUCCCCGCGGAUCCUCCGAAAAUGCGGGCCACGUGCAUUUUGUGCUGUCGACCUGUGGUAGCCUGCUGGUGUUCCGCUCUUCCUGCCCAGCCACUGAAUCCACGGGGAAGAGUUAUUCUUCUUCAACAUCCGGCGGAAGAAAAGCGCGCCUUGCGAACAGCCCCAAUUUUAUCAGUGGGACUAGCCCCCGGCAAGUGUCUCAUUUACAAGGGCAAAAAGUUUCCGCGAAAUGACCAGGAACUCGAAGCGAUCUUAUGCGAUAAGCAGUCGCUGUUGCUGUACCCCAGUUCAACGUCGAUACCGAUCGAGAAAGUUGAUCCCAGUGGUGGUCCUUAUAAUCUGAUUCUGAUCGACGGCACGUGGCCCCAAGCGAAAGGGAUUUACAGCAGCUCCACGAUUUUGCAUUCCAUGCGGCAAGUGAAACUCGUAUCGUCGGGGACAAGCAAGUACAUCAUCCGUACCCAACCGACGGAAGGUUGCCUAAGCACGCUGGAGACGGCCAUCGAGGCGCUGUGUAUCAUGGAGCGGGAUGACCGGUAUCGCGAGCAACUGCUGCAGCCUCUACACGCCCUCUGCCAAUACCAACUGUCCAACGGAGCAGUUACGCAUCAGUCGAAGGAGUUUCUCAUACGCCAGAACCAAUAUCCCAAGCUGAUCGGCCGCCGUUUGAACCAAAUGCUUAAACGAGCCGAAUAUCUCAAAGAAGAUCACACGCCGGACGAUGGAACACAAGCUGUAUCAGAGAACACAUAGUAGAUAUGGUGAUUGUAUGUUUUUAUUAUACCAUUUUAUACUGUACUGAUUCGGUAACAUAAAAUAGAGCAUAGCUUUGUUAUAGGUAUAUACAUUCACA